UGAAGGAAACGCGUUUGCUCUCCCUAACAUUUGAGAUUUGAUCAAUCGGAAACAUUAGGACGUCAUGUCAUCGGAAUCCGGAGUCCCGUCAGCCACCGCGGCGGAGAAGAAUGAGCAAAAUCCUCCGGCGGAGGAAGCCGGCGGAGAGAACACCGUGAGUAAGAAGGCGGCAAAGAAGGAAGCGGCGAAGCAGGAGAAGUUACGCCGCCGCCAGGAGGAAGCCGCCGCGAGGGCUGCCGCCGCCACGGCGUCUCUUUCUGUAAAGGAUGACCCUCACUCCGACAACUACGGCGAGGUGACUCUGACGGAGUUGCAGUCGACGCCGGAUUCCGGCGCCGGGAAAUGGAUAGCGGCCGUCGAGGGGAGGGAGUGGACGGAGGUGAAGAAUUUAGUGGAGGGGAUGAAGGGUGAGGAGGUUCUGAUCCGGGGGAGAGUGCAUUCGACCCGUGCUGUGGGGAAGAACAUGGUGUUCUUGGUCGUGAGGAAGAGGGGAUUCACGGUACAGUGUGUGGCGUCGAAAUCGGAGGAGAAGAAAGUGAGCAGUACCAUGGUGGAUUUCGCGAGGCGUUUGAAUCGCGAGUCAUUUGUCGAUGUCAUUGGUGUCGUCUCUCUUCCUAAAGAGCCUCUCAAAAGCACCACACAACAGGUUGAAAUUCAAGUGAGCAAGUUGUAUUGUGUCAACAAAGCCUUGCCCACAUUACCCCUUAACGUGGAGGAUGCUGCACGAAGCGAAGUAGAGAUUGAAAGAGCUCUUCAGGCAGGGGAACAAUUAGUCCGUGUCAAUCAGGAUACACGUUUGAACAAUAGGGUUCUAGACACCCGAACACCUGCUAAUCAAGCCAUAUUCCGCAUUCAAUGUCAAGUUGAAACUGCAUUCAGGGAAUUCUUGCUGUCUGAGGGUUUUGUCGGAAUUCACACCCCAAAACUUAUAGCAGGAAGUAGUGAAGGGGGUUCUGCAGUGUUUAGGCUUGACUACAAAGGGACACCUGCAUGUCUGGCUCAGUCUCCUCAGCUUCACAAGCAGAUGUCUAUAUGUGGUGAUUUUGAGCGUGUCUUUGAGAUAGGUCAUGUCUUCAGGGCUGAGGACUCAUUCACACAUAGGCAUCUGUGCGAGUUCAUAGGUCUUGAUGUGGAGAUGGAGAUUUAUAAACACUAUUCUGAGGUAAUGGACAUUGUGGACCGUUUAUUUGUAUACAUAUUCGAUAGUUUGAAUGAGAAGUGUAAGAAGGAGCUAGAAGCUGUUGGAAGGCAGUACCCCUUUGAACCCUUGAAGUAUCUUCCAAAAACAUUGCGAUUGACUUUUGAAGAAGGGAUUCAAAUGCUCAAGGAAGCUGGUGUGGAGAUUGAUCCGCUUGGUGACCUAAACACGGAAUCUGAGAGGAAACUCGGCCAGCUUGUUCUGGAGAAGUACGGCACCGAGUUCUACAUCUUGCAUCGCUAUCCUCAGUCAGUGAGGCCAUUCUACACAAUGCCUUGUGCGGACAAUCCUCUUUACAGUAACUCUUUCGAUGUCUUCAUCCGAGGUGAGGAGAUCAUAUCAGGAGCUCAACGUAUCCAUGUCCCAGAGCUCUUGGAGGAGCGUGCUCAGGCAUGCGGCAUCGAUGUGAAGACGAUCUCCACUUACAUCGAUUCAUUCAGGUACGGUGCUCCACCGCACGGGGGAUUUGGAGUUGGGUUGGAGCGGGUGGUGAUGCUCUUCUGCGCCCUCAAAAACAUCCGGAAAACCUCGCUUUACCCGCGUGACCCUGUUAGGAUUGCACCUUAAGGGGAAUGAAUGCGUUUUUCGGGGCAAAUUUCCGAGAUUUCUCACUACAGGGUGUGUUACUAAUAAGUUUUUAUCGGAAAGACUUCCUUUUUGCAACAAGGUUUUGGAGGAUUACAACCCAUGUCAGAUGUGAAAACCGUGUUCAUUACGAAGAAGACCGUUGAAUCUGGUUGGGCUUUCCCUUA